AUGGCAGGAUGCAAAUGGCUUGCAAGGCAUUGCGCCCGCCAGCUCCGCACCCCUGUGCGUCUCAGUCUUCGGCCAGCCCGCCAAUUUCCUGCUCACAGUAACCAAAAUGUCCGACGGGCGUACGCGACCUCCGUGGCCGCCGCAGAGCUUCAAUUCGGUCAGCCGUUGCACGAAACGCAUCCCCAUCUUCUCAGUCCCGGUGAAUUGACCCCCGGAAUCACCGCCGUCGAAUAUGCGCAGCGUCGAUCCCGUCUGGCCAACAAGCUUCCCAAGGGCGCCGUCGCCGUACUCGCAGCAUCCGAGGUCAAAUAUCGGGCACCGGGGAUCUUCCAUGAAUACAGACAAGAGACGAACUUUUACUAUUUGACCGGUUUCAACGAGCCGAAUGCAUUAGCCGUCAUCGCAAAUGAUGGAUCUGGCGACAACCACAUCUUCCAUCUGUAUGUGCGUGAGAAGGAUCCGAAGGCAGAGUUAUGGGAAGGUUCCCGGUCCGGCACCCAAGCUGCAGUGGAUGUGUUUAACGCAGAUGAGACAGGGAACAUCGAAAAAAUAGCGGAUAUUCUACCCAAGAUCAUUGCUGGGGCUACAGAAGUCUACUCUGACAUUCCUGCUUUGGAUGGUUCACGAUCAUCGUUGCACCGAUACCUCUACGGCCCUACCGUUGCGUCCGAAAAGCUCAAGAAGAUUGUUGAGCAUCGGCGGGUACGCCCAUUGAGGCCCCUGCUGACCGAAAUGCGGGUUUGCAAGAGCGAAAAUGAGGUGGUGCACAUGCGUCUACUCGGCCAGUCAUCAGGCCGAGCUUUCACAGACUCGAUGCGAAAGACAUUUGAGACUGAGAAGGAUCUCUGUUCCUACCUGGAGUAUCAAUUCAAAGCCAAUGGCUGUGAUGGAAACGCCUUUGUUCCCGUAGUCGCAGGUGGAAAGCACGCACUAAGCAUCCACUACACACGAAAUGACGAUAUCCUUCGAGAUGGCGAUUUGGUUCUGGUUGACGGUGGAGGUGAACAUGGGAAUUACAUCUCCGACAUCACACGCACGUGGCCAGUAAACGGCAAAUUCACGGAUCCUCAACGUGAUCUUUACAAUGCUGUCCUCAAUGUGCAUCGGAGCUGCCUGGCCCUCUGCCGGGAGAGUUCUGGCCUCUCUCUGGACAAGCUGCACGGUGUCGCCGAGAACGGACUGAAAGAUCAGUUGAAACAACUUGGAUUCGAUGUCUCCGGAGAUGCGAUGGGAAUUCUCUUCCCCCACCACCUCGGCCAUUACAUCGGUCUGGAUGUGCACGAUUGCCCGAGCUACUCUCGAGGAUAUGACCUCAAAGCAGGCAAUUGCAUUACUAUUGAACCUGGCAUCUACGUGCCCGAUGAUGAGCGUUGGCCAUCACACUUCCGUGGCAUUGGUAUUCGUAUCGAAGACAGCGUUUGUGUAGGUGAUGAUCACCCAAUUGUCCUCACACCUGAGGCCGUCAAGGAAGUUGCGGACAUUGAGGCUCUGCGUCCAUAG